AUGCCGUGCCAUAAUCAGCAAAUGAACAGCGUCAACAGUGGACAGGAGCACCCAAUGAAGCAAGUACGGUUUGCAAACAGCAGCAGCAGCAGUAGUAGUAGUGUCCCUGCAGUGUUGACCAGCUCUGAACCAAGUGAUGCCACAGCUCAGCCUGUCAGCCUGGACAACCUGGGACCUCAGCUCAAACUGCUUCCUCUGAACGACCAGAUCCGUGAACUACAGACUAUAAUCAGAGACAAGACAACCAGCAGAGGAGAUUUUGUGUUUUGUGCUGACCGACUGAUCAGACUAGUAGUUGAAGAGGGCUUGAAUCAGCUCCCCUACUCAGAGUGCACUGUGACCACACCGACAGGGUACAAGUAUGAAGGUGUCAAGUUUGAAAGAGGCAAUUGUGGAGUCAGCAUUAUGAGGAGUGGCGAGGCCAUGGAGCAGGGUCUCCGGGACUGCUGCCGCUCCAUCCGCAUUGGCAAGAUCCUCAUCCAGAGCGACGAGGAGACACAGAAAGCCAAGGUCUACUAUGCCAAGUUCCCCCCAGACGUGUACAGAAGAAAAGUGCUGCUCAUGUACCCCAUCCUAAGUACAGGGAACACUGUGAUUGAGGCGGUGAGGGUGCUGAUAGAGCACGGUGUCCAGCCCAGACAUAUUAUCCUCCUCAGCCUCUUCUCCACGCCUCACGGAGCCAAAUCUAUAAUCCAGGAGUUCCCAGACAUCACCAUCUUGACCACAGAGGUCCACCCAGUGGCUCCGACACAUUUUGGACAAAGGUACUUUGGCACUGAUUAAACCGAGGACAACCUGAGGAACAUGAUCUGCAGUCUGUUUUGAGUAUAUUUUGACAUUUAUUUAAAUGUAUCUCAUGUUCUCCUUGUUGUGCCAAAUACUGCGACUUUAUCUCCAAAGUUCCAAAACUGAGACAAAUUGAAUAAUCUGAUUGUAUUUAUUAUGUUUUGUUUUUGUUGCUUUUUUUGAGGUGUAUACUCUGUAUGCUGUAUGCUAUGGAAAGAAAACAACAUUGAACCAUGUAAAGAGUUCAAUUUGGAGCAUUUUAUUUUGCAUGUUACAACAACUGAUGGAUCAAUAAAGAAUUUAUAUUUGUUAACAGA